UUUAAGGAUGUGGAAAUUCAAAUAGAAUUAUGUAAUGUUUAUUGUUAUAACAAGCUCAAAAAGCGACAUCUUGAGGAAAAAUGUCUCGCUCAUAUGUACUUGUUCAUAGAGUUUCCAAUCUCUUUGCAAAGUUUCAUUUACGCUCUAUCGACGAGCGUGGAGGAAAGUCGUGAAGUAGCUUCGUCAUUCAAGGAAUUGUAUAUUUUAUUUUUUAUGAUUAGAUUUAAAGAGUUUAAAGUCCACUUCAUGUCACAGCAUUCUUAAUAAAUCCAACACGUUCAAAAUAUCCAGUUGUUAUCGCGAAUUAAGGACCGGAUUGACCGCACGUAUACUUAUACAUAUUUUUAAUUAUUUCUAUAUCGUUAUUAAGAAAACAUGAAAAUGCCAUCAAAAGUGAAAGUUUACGUUGUGGGUGUCGGUAUGACAAAAUUCGAGAAACCAGGAAAACGACAAGAUGUAGAUUAUCCGGAUUUAGCGAAAGAAGCGAUUACAAAAGCAUUGGAGGAUGCACACAUUCCUUAUACUUGUAUAAAAGCUGCCUGUGUUGGAUAUGUUUAUGGAGAUUCCACCUGUGGUCAACGAGCUAUAUAUGAAGUUGGUCUUACGGGUUGUCCCAUAUAUAAUGUAAAUAAUAAUUGCUCUACUGGCUCAACUGCUUUAAUUAUGGGGAAACAAAUCAUAGAGAGUGGGUCAGCUGAUUGCGUAUUGGCUGUUGGUUUUGAGAAAAUGGAAAGAGGCUCUUUAAUGUCAAAGUUUUUAGAUCGUACCAAUCCAAUGGAUAAGCAUAUAGAAGUUAUGUCUGAAAUUGCUGGCAUAAAUAACAGUCCAAUUACUGCUCAAAUGUUUGGAAAUGCUGGAAUUGAACACAUGAAAAAAUAUGGCACUAAACCUGAGCAUUUUGCAAAAAUUGCUUAUAAAAAUCAUUUACAUUCCACUAAUAAUCCAUAUUCACAAUUCCAAGAGAAAUAUACAUUGGAUCAAAUAAUGAAGUCUCCCAAAGUAUUUGGACCCCUUACUAAGCUCCAAUGUUGUCCAACAUCUGAUGGUUCAGCAGCUGUAAUUUUAGCCACUGAAGAAUUUGUUCAUAAGCAUAAACUUGAAUCACAGGCAGUAGAAAUUGUAGCAAUGGAAAUGUCUACAGACACACCUUCAACAUUCACAGAAAAAAGUGCCAUUAAACUUAUUGGCUAUGAUAUGACAAAGAAUGCUACUGAGAAAUUAUUUACUCAAACUCUUUACAAGCCAAGUGAUGUUAACGUUAUAGAAUUGCAUGAUUGUUUUUCUACAAAUGAACUUAUCACUUAUGAAGCUCUUGGCCUUUGUCCUCCUGGUCACGGUGGAAAGUUGGUUGAUGCUGGAGAUAACACAUAUGGAGGAAAAUAUGUUAUAAAUCCAAGUGGUGGUUUAAUCUCAAAGGGACAUCCUUUAGGAGCAACAGGAUUAGCUCAAUGUACUGAACUUUGUUGGCAACUUCGGGGUCUAGCUGGCAAAAGACAAGUACCAAAUGCAAAACUUGCAUUACAACAUAAUAUAGGCUUAGGAGGAGCAGUUGUAGUUGCUUUGUAUCGUUUGGGUUUCCCUAACGCACAGAAAUCUACAAAUUCGCGAAAACCUACAAUUUCGCAAAAACCUACAAUUUCGCAGACACCGGUCAAAAAGACUUUGGCCGGAACUCCUAAUCCAGAUAUCUUCAAAGCAAAUAAAUUAUUCAAAAUAUUGGAAGUUGCAAUGCAAGAAGAUGAGGAUAAUUUAAUUGAAAAAGUUCGCGGGGUAUACGGGUUCAAAGUAAUUAAGAAACCAUCAGGUGAGGAAGGUUACUGGAUAGUAGAUGCUAAAACGGGAAAAGGAAAAGUAGAAUACUAUGGAACCGCGAAACCUGAUGUUACAAUUAUAAUUAAUGACGACGAUAUUACUGAUUUCAUAUCUGGAAAACUGAAUCCGCAAAAAGCCUUUUUCGAAGGAAAGAUCAGAAUUCAAGGUAACAUGGGAAUAGCAAUAAAAUUGAUUGAUUUGCAAAAACGCGCUGCUAAAAAAAUUGAACUUCUUCGUUCCAAGUUGUAAAGCGCUAAGAUUUAUGAAUAUUGAUAGCGAAAAUAUGUUCGUUCUGAUAAAAACGGCGAAAACACAACAUUGAUAAAGAUAACAUUUGUAAAAGAUUCAGAAGAUUAUGUAUUAUAUAACUAUGCAAUCUGAAUAUUAUCUCACUUGACAUUUGAACGAUUAAUACUCUCGUUCUGUUAACUGGGAUUGUUAUUCAAAAUAUAUUAUAGCUUAUAUAUAUAUAUAUGCAACAAAUUAGAGUAUCUAAAGAACAAAUUUAAUAUGAUCAAAUAUAAAUUAUUAAAAAUUUUUGAAUUUUUAUAUAAAAUAUAUUGAUAGUUAAUAUUUUAAUCUAAAAUUCUAUUUUUAUAACAUAAAAUGUUGUUCACCACCUCGAAAGUAUUAAUACACGAAAAGGUGAGAGUAGUGCAAUACAUAAAAUGCAAAGAAUAUGAUACUAAGUAUCUAUAUUUGUUAUCUGGUUAAGUUUUCUGGUAUUUUAUAUCAAUUCCAAGAAAGAUUAACUCAGUCAAGUUCUUCGAUUAAUUUUAUGUGGAUUUUAGGACAAAUUAGUUAAUUUAUAUAUCCACAAAUGAACGUUGCUUAUACGUUCAUUAAAAUUAUAUUACUAUUAAUUCUUUUGAUAGAAAAUUUGGUGUAAAGAUAAAAAAUUGUACCUCGUUUUAUUUAUGUCUGUUUUUACUUUUGUAUUGAAAAAUGCUUUAUAAAAUUGUAUUAAUAUUAUGUAACAGUUAUAAUGCUCAUUUUUUGUAUGAUUCAUUAAUAGAGUAUUUCUCACAAUUUAUGUUUUUAUACGGUGCAUCUAUAAGGUGCAAUAUGUGGUUAAAACUGGUGUUAUAUAAUUAACGUGAUAUUUGGAAACAGGGUGUAUCGAAAAUGUUAUUACAAAGUUUUUAUACAGAAGGUGUAGGUGUCUGCCUUUAUUAUCAAAUUGUCUUUCUAACAAAAUAAAUGAAAUACCCAUAUGAAACUGUAUCUCUUUAUUAAACAGAUAAUGUUA